CGUGGAGUCCACAUCAGUCUUUUUUUUGCUCUCACAGUGUAAAGAUGAGGAAGUUUGCGUACUGUAAGGUGGUGCUGGCCACCUCUCUGGUGUGGGUGAUGGUAGACAUGUUCAUCCUCCUCUACUUCAGCGAAUGCAACAAAUGUGAUGACAAAAAAGAGAGAGGAUUGCCAGGGAGAGACACUGUGGUUCAAAGGCCUCAUGACGGCCCAGGGGAGAUGGGAAAGCCAGUGGUCAUCGCUAAAGACCAACAGGAGAGGAUGAAGGAAAUGUUUAAGGUUAACCAGUUUAACCUGAUGGCCAGUGAGAUGAUUGCACUCAACCGAUCUUUACCGGAUGUGCGUCUCGAGGGGUCAUUCAGUGGCUUUGAACUGGCUUGUUUGUUCAAAGCAGACAGCGUUGACUUCUUGAAGAGGCAGUUGGAGCAGUACGUGCGGAAGCUGGAGGUUCCUGUCAGGGUGGUACGGAUGGAGCAGCGCUCGGGCCUGAUUCGCGCUCGGUUGAAGGGGGCGUCCAUCUCCACAGGUCAGGUGAUUACCUUCCUGGAUGCCCACUGUGAAUGCACCACCGGCUGGCUAGAGCCUCUGCUCACUCGCAUCAAACUUGACAAGAAAACCGUAGUGUGUCCCAUCAUUGACGUGAUCAGCGAUGACACGUUUGAGUACAUGGCAGGCUCUGAUAUGACAUAUGGUGGCUUCAACUGGAAGCUGAACUUCCGCUGGUAUCCGGUACCACAGAGAGAGAUGGAUCGCAGAAAAGGAGACAGAACACUGCCUGUCAGGACCCCCACUAUGGCAGGUGGUCUCUUCUCCAUAGACAGAGGUUAUUUCCAGGAGAUUGGCACAUAUGAUGCAGGCAUGGACAUUUGGGGAGGAGAGAACCUGGAGAUGUCCUUCAGGAUUUGGCAAUGCGGGGGGACGCUUGAGAUCGUCACGUGUUCUCACGUCGGUCACGUGUUCCGUAAGGCGACGCCGUACACGUUCCCUGGUGGAACUGGGCAGAUCAUCAACAAAAACAACAGGCGGCUGGCAGAGGUCUGGAUGGAUGAGUUCAAGAACUUCUUCUACAUCAUCUCACCUGGUGUGACGAAAGUGGAUUAUGGAGACAUCUCAUCCAGAACAUCACUGAGACAGAGACUGCAGUGUAAGCCGUUCUCCUGGUACCUAGAAAAUGUCUACCCAGACUCCCAGAUACCACGCCACUACUACUCUCUGGGAGAGAUCCGUAAUGUUGAGACUAACCAGUGUCUGGAUAACAUGGCCAGGAAAGAGAAUGAAAAAGUGGGCAUUUUCAACUGCCAUGGCAUGGGUGGAAACCAGGUUUUCUCGUACACAGCCAAUAAAGAGAUCCGAACUGAUGACCUCUGUUUGGAUGUGUCUAAACUCAAUGGUCCGGUUAUGAUGCUCAAGUGCCAUCACUUGAAAGGCAACCAGCUCUGGGAAUAUGACCCUGUGAAGCUGAGCCUGGUACACGUGAACAGUAAUCAGUGUUUGGAUAAGGCGUCUGAAGAUGACAGUCAGGUGCCCAGCGUCAAGGACUGCACCGGGAACCGCUCGCAGCAGUGGCUCCUCCGCAACGUCACACUGCCCGAGAUAUUCUGAGCUCGCACACGGACGGACAGAUGGACAGACUCUCACACCGUCGCUGAUGGAGAGAACGUGAGAGAAAGGACUGCUUUCCUCUCAAUCCUGGUGGUCUGCCUUCAAAUGAUCUCAAAGAACAGAACCGCAUACAGUAUGUAUAUGAAUCUCCCCAUCACUCCACCUUUGCAGAGGAAAAGAACGAACGAUGGAGAGAAAGACUCGUGGAGAAAGAAACUUGAGUUUGAUGCCGUUAUCCUCCUCGUUCGAGGGGCAGCGGGCAUUUUGGUUAUGUUUACGAGAACGCCUCCCUUUUAGAGUAUCAGUGUGUGUGUUUAGGUGUGUGUGCGUGACGGGAAUGCGCGAGUCAGUGUUUUCCACAGGAGUUUCGCCCUUUUUUAAGUUAAAUAUUUUUCAAGCCUUGUAGAAAUGAAGGGUAUCUAGCACAUGAAGGAGAGGCUGAAGUGUGUCUGAGUGCAUGUGAGAUUUCAAGUGUGUCACAUCAGGAUGGAUCUUCUGUCCAUGGACGUAACAGUGGUCUUCUAUCUGUUUGAAGCAGGGGCUCCCCCUACUGGCCACCGACACAUACUGACCUGUCUAUAAAUCUUCAUCUCAGCCAGUGGACUACCUACAAUCAAUCACCGUAUAGAGCUAUAAUCAAUGAAAAAAGGAUGACUGUCUGACCAGGAUGUUUUUCAUAUCAUCAGUGUUCAUGUAACUUUUUUUACACCGGAGAUUGAUACUUUUUUUUUUGGUUUCUGCAUUUUUGAGUGCCACAUACAAGCACUUUUCACUUGUUUGGUGUUGUUUUUUAUGUCAAGUCUGUCUCUUAAAGAUAUUAUUGUAAUUUAACACGCAAUUUCAGGACAGUCCUGAACUCGCCCCAAAUUUUUGCCUUCCUUUGGGUUCCAGCCCUUCAGCUGACACGGUUUACCCAUAAGCACGUAGGUUGAUCGGGAAGAGAUGGAUCAUCUUCUGUCAUAUCAUCCAACUGUACAAGGGCUCGGUCUCAGUGUACAUGCACGAGAAAGAACUCUUUCGUCUGAUAUCUUUCUUUGUUUACGUUCACUUUAAAUUGUUACUGACUUUUGUGUAAAAUUUCUUUAAUUCAUCACCUCAUUUGGCAUCUGAAGGUGAAAGAAGGCUGCUUGCCACAUUUCAACUGAUGUCUGAUAGCCUAAAGAGAUUGUCCUGCAUUUCAGAUUCAUGAGAUUUCAUUCUUCUGAUUUUAUUUUCAAAUGGUCUGAGAUUUCAUUUGAGCUGUGAUGGUUGAAGAUGGUUGGAAAAGGAAAUUGAACCCCUCUGUUUUGAGAUUUGUCACAUGGAAUCAGGAUUUAUUUUUUUCCCCCUUGAAAACUCUUGACCCUGUCUAAAUACUUUAAAUGAUCUGUACCCUUUUGUCCUAAAAGUGUCACUGUGUACCAAAAAAUUUAUUCUAAAUUGUGAGAUUCUAGAUUCUAAAACAAGUUUCAAAAUAAAGAUAAGAAAAGGUCAAAUGUGAGUUUCUAAAUUGUAUGAUUGUAAAUGCACAUUAGAGAUUCUUAAAAAGAUUCAAGACUCUAUAGAUUCAAAAUUUUAAAUCUCUAAAUAUAGAUUCUAGAUUCUAAAAAAGAUUCUAAAUAUAGUCUACAUUCUGAAAAAAAAAAAGAUUCUAAGUAAUGAUUGUAAAUUGUGGGAUUCUGAAUUGUAAGACUAAUAAAUACAGAUUCUAAAUUGUAAAUAAAAGGGCAGUUUCCUUGUAGACUCAGAGGAUGGGUGAGGAUCUUGCGAGUAUUUGGACAGGGCCUCAAGAUCAUCUGUAGAGAUGUGUGAGUGUGAACAAGCGUGUGUGUUUAUAUUUGUCAAAGGGAUGUCUUUUGUUUUUGUCUUUUUUUUGUUGAAUUGAUGAGGGUCUGGCCUGCUGAUUGGUGGGUUAGAGAGCCCUGUGUUGAGAUGAUCCACAGGCUGGAGAAAUAAACCACAGAAAGUUUACAGUCCAA